AUAGGAUGAGUUGUACGUUGGACACUAAGUGUUUUGCUGUUCAGAUGAAACUCACCUUACUGGACGAAAACUUUCUCUACUAUUCCAUAUCUGCGAAAACAAAGGCUGGGAAAAUACUCAACGAUGUUGUCACCCAUCUUAAAAUAACUCACCCUCAGUAUUUCGGAAUUAAAGUUCAAGACAGAAUGCACAACUGGAAAAACAUCCUGUAUCAAAUGAAGUCACUUGACAGUCCACCACUCAUAGAACAAUCUAUCAAACAAACAUCAAAUCGUCAAGAUCCUCAAUGUAUACCAUUAAGAAAUGUAAUUCCAACUGAAUCACAACCGAUAUCCAGCCUAACGGAAAAGUUUAUUUCUUCAUUUCGAACAUGCGGUCUAAAAGCCUGUUCAUCAACAUCAAGACCUGAAUCAACUCAUACCUAUGUUAAGAAUGUGCACAAACCACUUACUUUAAUUUAUCAAGCUUAUCUUGGCAUCAAGUUUUAUCCUCCUGACCCAACAAUUAUUGCUGAUGAACAGACAAGAUAUCAAGUUUUUAUUCAAGUUCGAAAUGAUUUAAUUAGUGGUCGAAUGCAAGUUGACGAAAAUCUGUUUGUCACGUUAUGUGGAUUGAUUUUACAAUCUGAUUGUGGCGAUUAUGGAGCAGAUCGUUUAGGAUCGAAUUAUGUAAAACAUUUAUUAAAAUUGCCUAAUCUUAAUGAACAAUUGGAGAAAAGAAUCAAAGCUAAACAUGAAGAUUGUCGAUGUCGUCAACCUGCUUUAGUGGAAUAUCAAUUGUUGGAUAAAGUGAAACAAUUGCCAACAUAUGGUCAAAUAAAAUUUCACAUCAAAGAGACCAUAUCAAAUACACCAUGUCUACUUUGUCUAGGACCAGUCGGUGUAAUUAUUGAAGAUUCAAGAAAAAAUCUAAUUCAAUUUUCAUGGUCACAGAUUACCGGUUUUAAUCAUAAACAUAAACAAAUUUUAAUUAAAAUUUUAAAUGAGGGUACACGAUUUACAUAUCGUUGUUCUGUUGAUAAUUCUGAAACAUGCAAUACCUUGUUGGAGACAUGUAAAAAUUAUUUAAACUUUUAUAAAAAUGAAGUAUCACAAAAAAUUCUAAAUGAACCAAAUCAAUCAAUGGUCAACACGAAGAAUGUAUGUUCUACUUCAACUAGUCAACCAAUUGUUUAUCCUAAUUCAUCGUUAGAUAAGAAUGAAUCGGCAUUUAUUGGUAAUGAACCGAAUUUGUUACCCGAGUCCAAUUAUUCAGUACAAAUGACCAAUUCUGUCCAACCAGUUGUGAAUGUCGAUGAAGCAGAUCAUUGUAAAUCUAUUCGCAAUACAAGACCAUUAUAUUCAAGUCUAAUUGAAUUCAAUCCCGGUUACACAGUGAAAUCACCAGUUCCAUCGAAUACAAUGAUUGAUUCCAAAUUUACAACAGAUUCAUGUGAUUUUCAUCACUGUCCUCAUCAUCAUCGUCAACACUAUGUCACUGAGUCAAACUAUCAUCAUUAUUAUCCUCCUAAUGCCAUCCCAAUUAAUCCAUAUCAUGUACAUGGAACAAGUGGUGUGUUUUAUCGUCCACGAGGCUGUGAAACUGUCACUGAUAUUGGUGAUCAUCCUCGUGUAUAUGCUAAUCGUCGUUCACAAUGUUCAAAUUAUAAUCCUUCUCGUUUGAUUAUAGAUGAUUCGAUCGAUUGUAAAUUCAUUAAACAUCGUCGAAGAUCAUUUCCAAAAACUAAACAUUAUUUUAUUGAAAAAGAAGAUUUUGAUGAAAAUCAUUUGGUACAAAAACAAUGUUCAUCAUUUUAUCCAACAUUGCAUAAUGACAGCUGUCAAUCACCUCAAUAUAUAUCAAGUUCACCAGUCGUCAAAUCAUCAGCUUAUCGUGAAUUUCAUCAGUUGGACAAAUUAAUACCGACUACUACAUCGUCAUUUAGAUUAUCAUCAUCACAUGGUAGAUGUGCAGGUGGUCGUGUGCCUAAGCGUAGUCAUCGAAUUCUACCCAGGCCAAUAAGUCGAUUAGAUAGAUACGCGGAAAGGUGCGCAUCACCGGCGACAACUGAUCAUGAUGUUGAUGUUGAUGAUGAUGAUGAUAGUCAAGUGACUAUUGAAAAUUAUGAAAAUCAUAAUGUGAAUCAUCGUCAUGCAAUGAAUAAUAAUAACAACGUCAACAGUCACAACAACCACACCAACAACACCAAUCUCUCUGGUAAAUCAAUCAUAAACACAGAGGAUCCAUGUAAAACAAAUUCAGCCAUAGUUGCGUCUGUUGCACAAUCUUCUAAUUUAAAUAAUAAGCCGAAUAGAAAUAAAUUACAUACAGAAACAUGUGAAUUAGUAAUUCAGACACGUUCAAAUGAACAAACUGUGCACGAUAAUCAUUGUUGUCAUUCACCACGAGGGAAUUCAUCAAGGAUUGUAAAUAGAAAAAUUCCUAUCAGCUCAUCAUCAUCAAUAAUGAAAUCAACGUUACAUUCGAAUUCUUGCAAAAUGAAUGAUGGUAAAUCAAAUCAUCAAUCUAAUUCACUUUGGUAUUAUCCUUCUCAUCAUACAAACAAUCACGAUGAUGGUGUUGUGGUUAGUCGUCACCAUCAAGAUCCUAAGUUGUCGAAUUUCUCUCGUACACAAGUAGGAGAUGGAGGAGAUGAUGAAGAAGGAGAAGAUGAAGAUGAUGAAACAGAGGGCAACAAUAACAAACUCACUAUUAACAAUCAUAAUGACGCUGGUGUUGCUGAUGAGGAAAACGAUAAUGAUGAUGAAGACAAUUCAAAAGGUUUAACCGAUUUAGAAAAUGGUCUAUUUCAUCAUACACAUCAAUAUACUAAUAAACCAGUUGUUAAUUCAACACCCACAUCUACUACUUCUACUACAACAGAUACAACAUCAUUUUGUUCAUCAUUUAUUUAUUGUGCAGAUGAAAGUGAAACACCAAGUUUGUUGAAAAAUUCUGAUGUUAAUUCAGAUUUCGGUGGUACAUCUUUAUUAAUGGAGGAAUUUCAUUUGCCACCAACACCUAAUUCAAAUUAUUAUAAUAAUCAAGAGAGAAUGACUGUGAAUGAACGCGUUGAUGAGAGUAAUUCUGAUUCAAAUCUCCCAUCUCCUCCAUCCAAUGAUUUUCUUUAUCAAUUACGGAAAUAUAAAUUAGAUAAUGAACAACAGCUGCUGGAAAGUAACUUGGAAAAUGGAAAUCACGCAUUGACUACUGUUGACACAACAACCACUACUAAUACUGGAUUCUCUUCUCGAAAUGAAAAUAAACGAGGUCGUAAACUGCCAUUAUUACCUUGUGAACGAUCUAUAUUGAAACCGAUUGAUUCAGACAAAUCACUGAUUGUUUCAAAGACGGCGACAUUGACCUCAUCGCCAAGAUCAAAAAUAACAACUACAAUGAGGACAGAAUCAAUGAAAAUCAAUCGACCAAUAGUGACAUCUCUGUUGUCACCGACUCCAUCACCACGAAUGUUCAAAACGUUGGUUGAUCAUCAAAAACAAUUACCAGCAUGCAGUAGUGAUCCGAAGCAAGGAAUUAAUAAAACAGAAAUUACCUUACAUCCUGAAGUGGUUUCAGAAUGUGAUCUUGUUUAGAAGGAAAGUUUAUUUAUUUUAUUUUUCUUACCAAUUUUGUACACUUUUAUCUGACAUUUCGUCUUUUUUCUUUUUGAACACUUACACUACUACUUACUAAUAAUCAG